AAAAGAAGCAAACCAGCAUUACAAGUGGUUUGAGUUAAAACAGCGACAGGCCAUGGAGUUGGUUAAACUCUGUUGGCGCCAAAAAAUGCUCAUUAUUAAUGAAUGGAUAAGAUCCGAUCCACUUCUUCUGCUACUGCUGAUUGCUUACCUCAUACCCUCUCUUUCUCUCCUUAAAGUCUGUGAGACUCACACUCUCACACACAAACUGCACUGAAAUCCCUACCUCUAAGCUGGACUCUCCCCGUGUCUCUGUUUUCUUCACUCCACACCUCAUCAAGUAAUUAAGGGAAGAAUUUCAUUUCAAUCAAAUAAAAGAAUUUCCUUAGCCAUAUUUUUCGUGCAGUUCAAUUCGAUCAUUGGCAUCUCCAAAUCUUGGUUGCUUCGAGCGUAUCUGAAGUCAUGGCAGCUGCACAAACAAAAUGUUCCUUAGGGUAUGGCAAGCCUCCUUGGAUAUUUAAAGGCAGAGCCUUGUACCAACUUCACCUUGUUAAAUCCAAAAUUGCUCGAGCAUCCAUUCCGAAAGAGUUCAGAUUAGUUGAAGCAUUUGGAUACACCCUUGGAGGUUUUUUUCUAGCUAGCUAUGAAGACAGUCCAGCUGGGGUUUUUGAUGAGCUUGUGGUGAUUGCGGGAAUUGUGUGGAACCCCCCAACAUCUUGUGCAUGGGCAGCCAGGGUGCUUGUCAACAGUGGCGAUGCUUGUGAUCAUGGACGAAAGGAUGUGGGGCUUCCUAGUCAAGUUGCCAAGUUUUCCAAGAAAAUCACAGCAAUUCCUAGGCGAAGAAAGAGCAAAUUUAAUGGCUUUCUAGACAUGAUUGGUUUGGGCACUGCAAGUUCGAGUACGAAGGAUUGCAUGGAUGUUCUAGUAACUGAAACUAAUGGUCCUUCCGCAACUGAUAUCUGCAACAUCAAACUUACAACUUCUGUUCCUGGGGUAAAAUUUGACAAAUGGAAGGGGCCAGCAAUCAAAAUGUCACUACCAAGUUUUAGCGGACGUACAGAGUAUAACCCCAAUCUUUUGAAAUAUACUUGCAGUAUUGAAUGCAGAGUACGAGCAGUGCAGGCAGCAAAAGUGUCAGGGCCAUCUUCACCACCAAAGCACGACACUGAAGAGUCACAGAGCCAGCUUAAAUUGAAAACUGUGGAACCCAGUAGUAGAGAACUCCUGGAUGAGGGACAGAACUUGAGCAUAUCUGUAAUGCUAUCAAAACCAAUACUAGCUCUGGAGCUCAGUUGUUUGAAAAUGCAGGUUGAAGCACCAGUUGUAGUUUCCCAGCAUUCUAAAAGCAGGUUUAACUAGAGUCGCAGAUUAAGGGCAUUAUUUUCGUUCGAAAAAUCCAUUAAUGCAAUCAAUACCAAUUCUGUAUUGAUUCUUACAUUAUUAUUAUUAUUAUUUGUAAAUGAGUAAUAAUGUUAGUUGCAAAUUGUAAUUACUGUAAACAGAGGCAGUCUGGCAGAGCUAGGAUGUUUUCUUAACAGGCCAAGCAAGUUCAUGAUUGUUUUUUCCAGAAAUUAUUACCUAAUACUAAAGACAUGGGGUAUAACCCAAGGUGCUUCACCUCGA